AUGCGGAAUGACCUUGUCCCUCGACCGCCCCAACGACUCGGGUAUGACGAGGAAGACGAAGUUUCCUUUUUUUUCUUUCUCUCACCUCCAUGGCUUAUCAAAACGACACAAUACGCGAUUACUAUUGUUUGGAAUUUAUCGCAUCAUGUGUCCUCUCAGAUACGAAGAGAGGCUUGGACUUUCAGGUGGCUGGCAGACUAUGCCGAGUUCGAGAAAUUAGUUGUGAGCAUUCAUUGUUAUGCCCGAUCGAAAUUUUCGAGUCCAGUUACGGUAAUUGAUCCAUUUCUUGAUAACGGAUUCGGAUCUGAGGCACCUAAUUCCAAUUUUACGAUGGAUGUCUACCUAUCAGAUUCUACUUGUCGUCAAUGGAAGUCCGAACACAACAUGCAUACAGAAAGACGAGAUCCUUAUGGAACAAAACAAACACCACCUUUAGACCACAAUCUAACCCGACCGAAUGCAAAGAAAGACGCCAACAAUAACAACACCAACAGCCAAAAGCGCGAAUGA